AUGAGACAUGGCAAAUUUCGAGAUGCACUCGCUGGGAGCAGCAGCGAUAACGCGAGAGGCGCUUCGAGCAGCAGCAGCAGUCGGGAAUUUGCAGCGCCUGCGAGGCAGAGAAUGACGGCCGUUAGCCAUUCAAUUGGAAUGGGAGGAGCCAAUGACAACGGAGAGCCAAUCACUGAGGAGGAUCGUCCCUUCCACAAGCUCAUUCUCGCAGCCUCGCUCCCGCUGCCUCCACGUCACACCCCUCUCUCUCCCACUCCUCUCGCACACCCUCACUCACCUGAAACCCUCGCAUCGACUCUGCUUCAAGCUUCACCCGCCGCUGUGCCACCACCAGCAGCUAAAGAGCCCUUCUCCUCUUCACACAUCAUUGUAUUGCAUCGAACCGCAUUGAACCACACUAUCUCAACGUACUACCUUCCACCCACCCACCCCUCUGCAGCGCAGUGCUGCAGCAUCUGCCACGUGGCACAUGGUGAUUGGCCGAGCUCUGGUUGGGGUUGGCCUGGGAAUCGUAUCUGGCACUGUUCCUCUGUACAUAUCCGAGGUAACCCCCACAUCAUCUCGCGGCACGUGGGGCACGUUGGCUCAGCUCUCCACCAGCACUGGCGUCUUCUCUGCGCUGCUGGCUGGCUUGCCUCUGGAGCAACACCACACCUGGUGGCGGGGCAUGUUUCUCCUGGGCGCUCUCCCUCCCUGCCUCUUGCUGCUGGGUAUGGCACUGGCCGCACCAGAAACACCCCGCUGGCUGCUGCUGGUAUGUGGAAAAAUCCAUUCAACCCUGCACACACCAACCUCAACGAUCCGGCUUCCCCCCCUGCUGCCUCUCUCUUUCAUCCAAGAUACCGGCGAGCUCCUCCCUCCCGCUUCCCCCUUCCCUCCUCCUUCUCACCUCCAGUGCUGCUUCUAGGCACCAUUCUCUUUGCCCUGCACCAGUUCUACUACUCCUCUCACGCACGUUUUAAGUUAUCUUCGUACCAUAUCCUGGCCCUCUCCCCUCCCUCAUGUGCUCGCCCUCUCACAGUGCUGCUGCUAGGCGCUGCCCUCUUCGCCCUGCAGCAGUUCUCAGGAAUCAACGCUGUUGUCUACUUCUCCUCUCACGUCUUCCGCUCUGCUGGAUUUUCCUCCGGAAUCGCUGUCUCUGCCCUCAUUGCACUCUUCAAGCUCUCAGCUGUGCUGCUGGCAGCGCAUCUGGUUGACUCUGCAGGGAGGAAGCCCCUUCUGCUGCUUUCCUUUUUUGGCAUGGGAUGCUCCAUGCUGUUUCUCUCGGCGGUCCUCUCCUUGCCUCUCCUGCAACCCCAUGCGCCACUUCUCUCCGUUAUCGGAACAAUCACGUAUGUGACAGCAUUCUCCUGUGGGGUUGGCCCCAUUCCCAGCCUGUUGCUGCCGGAGAUAUUCCCCCUGCAAGUGCGGGCUGCAGGAGUGGCAUUCAGCAUGGCCGUUAACUGGCAGUGGGGGCGCCGCUGGGGGGGUGGUUUUGCUGAGUUGACCACCCUCCUCCCCCACCUCUUCUCACCGCUUUCCACCUCCAGUCUUUAUCCCCUCUUUGCCCCUGCUCUCCCCCCGCCAUCUACCCAUACCAGCACUAGUUGUGAGCAUUCCAUUGGCUCUUGCAGCAGUGGGGGCGCCGCUGGGUGGGUGGCUUGCUGCCGUGGCAGGGAGGAGGCGUGCGUUUCAGAUUGCAUCCCUGCCGUUCAUCUGUGGAUCGCUGCUCAGUGCAGUGCUGCAGCAUCUGCCACGUGGCACAUGGUGAUUGGCCGAGCGCUUGUUGGAAUUGGGCUGGGAAUCGUAUCUGGCACUGUUCCUCUCUACAUAUCAGAGGUAACCCCCACAUCAUCGCGCGGCACGUGGGGCACGUUGGCUCAGCUCUCCACUAGCGUUGGUGUCUUCUCCGCGCUGCUGGUCGGAUUGCCUCUGGAGCAACACCACAGCUGGUGGCGGGGCAUGUUUCUCCUGGGCGCUCUCCCUCCCUGCCUCUUGCUGCUCGGCAUGGCAGUGGCAGCACCAGAGACUCCCCGCUGGCUGAUGCUGCACCACAGCCUGCAUGCAGCAGCGCGAGCAGCAGUGAUCCUGAGAGGAACGGAGGGGGCAGAAGAGGUGUUGCAGGAGCUUAUGUCGACACACCCACUUGUCACCUCUGCACUCACGUCCGCUGCUGCUGAUGCACCCAGCAGUACCGCGCUGCACCUCACCAGCAGCUGCUCUGCUGUCGAGGUGCCGCGAAAGCAUGCUGCUGCUGAUGCACCCAGCAGCACCGCACUGCACUCCACCAGAAGCUGCUCCUCUGUUGAGGUGCUUCGAAAGCAUGCUGCUCAUGUUGCAACCAGCACCGCCCUGCACUCGCCUUUGCACACCAGCAGCCGCUCUGCUCUGUCUGCUCCGCCCCCUGCUGCCUCUCUCUUCCAUCCAAGAUACCGACGAGUGCUGCUGCUAGGCCCAGCACUCUUCGCUCUGCAGCAGUUUGCAGGCAUCAACGCUGUUGUCUACUUCUCCUCUCACGUCUUCCGCUCUGCCGGGUUUUCUUCCGGCAUUGCCGCAUCUGUCCUGAUCGCCUCGUUCAAACUCGCAGCUGUACUGCUGGCAGCGCGUCUGGUUGACUCGGCAGGGAGAAAGCCCCUUUUGCUGCUCUCCUUCCUUGGCAUGGGAUGCUCAAUGCUGUUCCUCUCGGCGGUCCUAUCCUGGCCUCUCCUGCAACCCCAUGCGCCACUUCUCUCUGUUGUUGGCACAAUCACCAUUCUCCUGUGGAGUGGGUCCCAUUCCCAGCCUGUUGCUCCCCGAGAUAUUCCCCUGCAAGUGCGGGCUGCAGGGGUGGCCUGCAGCAUGGCUGUUCACUGGCGCGAGCUGCAGGGUUGA